CAUGCACGUAAGUCCUAUGCCGGUCUGCUUAUGUUGUGGCUGCACAGUCUGUCCUACAUUGUUGUUUCUUUUGAACGGACGCCCAGGGGUUAACUCUGUUGAUAUAAAUGACGGCACGUGUUCUAAAUCAUGUGCUCUAUGCGGUUAUACUGCGUGUGUGUGUGUGUAUAGUGUGUUCACCACUAAUCAAAUAAUCCAUAGUCGAGCAGUGAGUAAAGUGAGUACCGUACUAACAAUAGAGGCCUAACAUUGCUUAUUCUGAGUGCAAAUGAGACUGUUUUGAUGAAAUGACCCCUAUACUAUACUUUUGGGGUAAAAAAUGUUUGUAAUGUCUGUGUAAUGAUAAGAAGUAGUAGAAACCUAAUCCUGAGGGUGGAUGUGGUGAAGAGGAUUGUGGGGGAGGGGGGGGGGUGUUUAUUCAUGUGAGUUGUUUUUUUGUUGUUUUUUUUUGGUUGGUUUAAUAAUGUAUUUGUGUGGUAAAGGGAAAUGUGUAGAACACGCUACAUUAGUGUUUCCAAAACUUUAUGGGAACCUCACCACUACAUUGUUAGAACCUCUCCACUGCAUUGUUAGAACCUCUCCACUAAAUUGUUAGAACCUCUCCACUGCAUUGUUAGAACCUCUCCACUACAUUGUUAGAACCUCUCCACUAACUUGUUAGAACCUCUCCACUGCAUUGUUAGAACCUCUCCACUACAUUGUUAGAACCUCUCCACUAACUUGUUAGAACCUCUCCACUGCAUUGUUAGAACCUCUCCACUACAUUCGAACCUCUCCACUACAUUGUUAGAACCUCUCCACUACAUUGUUAAAACCUCUCCAUUACAUUGUUAGAACUUCUCCACUACAUUGUAAGAACCUCUCCACUAACUUGCUAUAACCUAUCCACUGCAUUGUUAUAACCUAUCCACUACAUUAGAACCUCUCCACUACAUUUUUAGAACCUCUCCACCAUAUUGUUAGAACCUAUCCACUACAUUGUUAGAACCUCUCCACUAACUUGUUAGAACCCAUCCACUGCAUUGUUAGAACCUAUUCACUACAUUGUUAGAACCUCUCCUCUACAUUGUUAGAACCUCUCCACUACAUUGUUAGAGCCUCUCCACUACAUUGUUAGAACCUCUCCACUACAUUGUUUGAACCUCUCCACUACAUUUUUAGAACCUAUUCACUACUUUGUUAGAACCUCUCCACUACAUUGUUAGAAGCUAUCCACUACAUUUUUAGAACCUCUCCACUACAUUUUUAGAACCUCUCCACUACAUUUUUAGAACCUAUUCUCUACAUUGUUAGAACCUCUCCAAUACAUUGUUAGAACCUCUCCACUAAUUUGUUAGAACCUCUCCACUACAUUUUUAGAACCUAUUCACUACAUUGUUAGAACCUCUCCACUACAUUUUUAGAACCUAUUCACUAGAUUGUUAGAACCUCUCCACUACAUUUUUAGAACCUAUUCUCUACAUUGUUAGAACCUCUCCACUACAUUUUUAGAACCUAUUCACUACAUUGUUAGAGCCUUUCCACUACAUUGUUGUUUCUACGGCUCUAUGGGAACCUCUCCACUACAUUUUUACUGCGCCAAAAACGAAAUGGUGCUAUUUAGCCUAUUUACAACCUUCAGUAACUCUUGUAUAACAAAUAUUAUCUCCCCUUAUCGAGGGAGUGCAGUGAAUCUGACAUGGUUCAAGUAGUAGUAUACUCUGUUAUCUCCAGUCACAGUUAUGCCUCCUGUCAUACAAACACACGAGGGACUAUCCUAAUAUUACUGGGAACUAUUAAAUGAUCCCCCCACCCCUCCCAUUAUUUUAUUAACCCUGAAUCCCUCUUCAAAUCUCUAUCUUUAAAGAUUUUUUUUUAAAAUUCUGAUACUUAAAGUUCCUGGAAAUGUAUUUUAUCAGAAAAGACGAUAUGGUAGACCCAGUGUUGGCCACUGAUAAUAGUUAAUGAUCAAAUCUACAAAAUGAUCAUCAGUGGAGUCGGUGGUGUCCUUGGUGUUAUCUGACCCCUGACCCGUGGCUAUACAUUUGGGUUUAUGGUCAAGGUUGUUCUUAUCAAAAAUGUGUCCUUUUGAGAAUCAUUCGGCUGGGCCAUUGCUCAAAUUUUUGAAGUUUAAGUCUGUCUCAAGGUCCAACUGUCUAAAUUCCAAGCCAGUCUAAUGGUCAAAGUCUAGACCAGGCUAAAUUUCUAACAGUCAAAGUCAAGACCAGGCUAAAUUUCUAACAGUCAAAGUCAAGACCAGGCUAAAUUUCUAACAGUCAAAGUCUAGACCAGGCUAAAUCUCAAACAGUCAAAGUCUAGACCGCUCUAACUUUUAACAAUCAUUGAAUCAAACUGUCAAAGUAUGGGCCAGUUUAUCAUUCCAAAUAUCAAGUCUAGACCUGUUUUUCAGUCCAAUUGUCUAAGUCAAGGUCAGUCUAUCAAUCAGUAUGAGUCUAAAUGUCAAAGUCUAGACCAUUCUAUCAUUUAAACUGUAAAAGACUAACCCAGGCUGAAGAUCAAGCUGUCUCAGCCAAGGUAUUUCUGUAGCAGUUCAUGAACUUUGACCUAGAAGUAGAAUUAAUCACAUGGAGCUUUAUAUUUUUUUUUUUAAAUGAAUAAUUAAUGAGAUUAAAGAUUUCUCCACGGUAAGAUUGUUGAUAAAACUAUUCUUGGAUAAAUUAUGGCACAAAGUGUUUGAAAAAAUAUCAUGUGGAGACAGAGAUGGGAGAUGAAAAGAUUUCUUCUGAUUUUGUAAAUGUAUGCUUUUUUGUUUUUGUUUGAAUUAUUAAAUACUUUUAAUUUUCAAUCACUCAAUUCUUUAUGUCAUCAAAAUUUGGUUUAAGCCAUAGGUGGCAGAAUAAAUUGGACUAAAUAGGAGGCAGAAUACAUUGGACCAAGGACUCUAACUUAAGUUGCUUACUUUUGUGACGUGAUUUUGUGACCUGGUAGUGGGGCAGUGGAAUGAGACUUGUUGUUGUCAAUUAAAUUUGUCAGUGUUUGUUGGGAAGACAUUAAAACACAGACAAUUUAUGGCAUCGUCAUAAUAUCUGUGCAUUCAGAAUAAUAAUUUAACAAGUGACCUAGUUAAGAUUUUUUUUUAAAUUUUGUCCUUUCAGUUGACUUGUGGUCUUGAGGUCGCGGCGUUUGAUAUUUAAGUGUAAUUGACAUACAGGGGUCAAACUAUUUCACACUACGGACACACAGAAUUUCCAUUCAGAUUAAACAAAAUUAUUUCAAGAGAUCAACACCACAAGAUGGAUUUUGACAGUCUAAAAGCGAGGUGUGAAGAGGAAGGUCAAGGUCACCUGCUCCAGUUCUGGGAUCAGCUGAAUGAGGAGCAGCAGAAGUCUCUUGUAGCUGAGAUCGAACACAUCAACCUGAAGGUGAGUCACACAUCUUUUUCAACAUACAGAAGGGUGUCUCCGUGUCCUGUCAAAAAAUGUGUUUUAACAUUGAGUCCAGGCUAGUCAGGUCUCAUUUGUAUGUUCAGUUUGAUGUGUGGUCCAUAUCGAACCCAUGUAAGACGCCAUAGUCUUUUGUCUUUCUUAUACCUGUUGGUUUGGACUUAGUUAGUAUGAAACAAAUGUCCAUGCUUGACAUGGCAAAGGGAAACUUAAGAAGAAGCUACUGUGACAUAAAUGUCCAUGCUUGACAUAGCAAAGGGAAACUUAAGAAGACAUUAGUGUGACAUUUAAGAAGACGUUAGUGUGACAUAAAUGUCCAUGUUUGGCAUAACAAAGGGAAGCUUAAGAAGAUGUUAGUGUGACAUAAAUGUCCAUGCUUGACAUAACAAAGUGAAACUUAAGAAGACAUAAGUGUGACAAAAUGUCCAUGUUUGGCAUAACAAAGGGAAGCUUAAGAAGAUGUUAGUGUGACAUAAAUGUCCAUGCUUGACAUAACAAAGGGAAAUUUAAGAAGACGUUAGUGUGACAUAAAUGUCCAUGUUUGACAUAACAAAGGGAAAUUUAAGAAGACAUUAGUGUGACAUAAAUGUCCAUGUUUGACAUAACAAAGGAAACUUAAGAAGACGUUAGUGUGACAUAAAUGUCCAUGUUUGGCGUAACAAAGGGAAACUUAAGAAGAUGUUAGUGUGACAUAAAUGUCCAUGCUUGACAUAACAAAGGGAAACUUAAGAAGACGUUAGUGUUACAUAAAUUUCCAUGUUUGACAUAACAAAGGGAAACUUAAGAAGAUGUUAGUGUGACAUAAAUGUCCAUGCUUGACAUUACAAAGGGAAACUUAAGAAGACGUUAGUGUUACAUAAAUGUCCAUGUUUGACAUAACAAAGGGAAAUUUAAGAAGACAAUAGUGUGACAUAAAUGUCCAUGUUUGACAUAACAAAGGGAAACUUAAGAAGAUGUUAGUGUGACAUAAAUUUCCAUGUUUGACAUAACAAAGGGAAACUUAAGAAGACAUUAGUGUGACAUAAAUGUCCAUGCUUGACAUAACAAAGGGAAAUUUAAGAAGACAUUAGUGUGACAUAAAUGUCCAUGUUUGACAUAACAAAGGGAAACUUAAGAAGACAUUAGUGUGACAUAAAUUUCCAUGUUUGACAUAACAAAUGAAACUUAAGAAGACAUAAGUGUGACAUAAAUGUCCAUGUUUGACAUAACAAAGGGAAAUUUAAGAAGACAAUAGUGUGACAUAAAUGUCCAUGUUUGACAUAACAAAGGGAAACUUAAGAAGACAUUAGUGUGACAUAAAUGUCCAUGCUUGACAUAACAAAGGGAAAUUUAAGAAGACAUUAGUGUGACAUAAAUGUCCAUGUUUGACAUAACAAAGGGAAACUUAAGAAGAUGUUAGUGUGACAUAAAUUUCCAUGUUUGACAUAACAAAGGGAAACUUAAGAAGACGUUAGUGUGACAUAAAUUUCUAUGUUUGACAUAACAAAGGGAAACUUAAGAAGACAUUAGUGUGACAUAAAUGUCCAUAUUUGACAUAACAAAGGGAAAUUUAAGAAGACAAUCGUGUGACAUAAAUUUCCAUGUUUGACAUAACAAAGGGAAAUUUAAGAAGACAUUAGUGUGACAUAAAUUUCCAUGCUUGACAUAACAAAGGGAAACUUAAGAAGACAUUAGUGUGACAUAAAUGUCCAUGUUUCAUCUAUCAAUGCGAAACCUUGAGAAUAAAAAUAUUUGCCCUGUUCAUGACUUUUUAAUAUUUCAGAGUUUGUUAAUACAAUGAAAUGUUGAUUAAAGGAGUGCAAAUUGAUUUGAUUUCCAGGAAGCCAAUGAGUAUUUCCAAGAAGCUGACGCUUCCCUGAAAGAAACCAAUGAAAAAAUAGAUGAACACUUGAUGCCCUUGGAGCCUGCAGUGUGCGGGAGUGUUGCCAGGAGCAGUGAAGAACUCUUACAAAAAUAUUUGAAAACAGGUAAAGAUUGAUCACAGCUGUUUUUCCUUGAUUCAUUUCAAUCCUUAAUUGAGAAAGGUAACUAAUGAAGAGAAAGAAUUGAUUUCUUCACCAACUGAACUACACAUAAAGACUCUAUAUCAUGUCUUAUUGCCUUAACAAAGUGUUUAUUACCUUUAUAAAGCCAUUGACUUGACCUGAAAUAUAUGUCAGUUUUGUCCUUUUUAUUAUGAUCCAUUUAGGGUGUGACAAAAUAAAACCCCUGACUUUAAAAUCUUUCUUGGCCAGGUUUAACUGCCAUAGGUAACAACGAAGUGGCAGUGCUACUGCUAGCUGGAGGUCAGGGCACAAGGUUGGGGGUCCCUUACCCUAAAGGGAUGUACAAUGUUGGGCUUCCUUCUGGGAAGACCCUGUACCAGAUACAAGCUGAGAGGCUACUGAAGCUGGAGAAGUUGGCUCAGCAGGAGACUGGCAAAUCAUGCAAUGUGCCAUGGUAACUGGCAAUUUAAUAGUCUUGUCUACGUACAUUGCUUAUAGCAGUCAUUGUAUGUGGGUGCUAGUAAUCAUUGUAUGUGCAUGCUAGUAAUCAUUGUAUGUGGGUGCUAGUAAUCAUUGUAUGUGGGUGCUAGUAAUCAUUGUAUGUGGGUGCAUGCCGUCCAUUUAAAAGAAAAAUAAUAUAAAUUUUACGUAUAAAGUCAGCUAUGAAAGUUCAUGGGACUUUUUAGUAUACCACUUGCUAAUGCUGCUUAUUACAUUUUAGUGAAAACUCCAUCUUGACUUUUAUUAGAAAUAGUGUCAAUAUUUAUCCACAUGUAUUUCAGCAUUAUGACAGUUACAUUCUAUAAUUACUUUUCCAGGUACAUUAUGACAGUUACAUUCUAUAAUUACUUUUCCAGGUACAUUAUGACAAGUGAACACACAAAAGAAGCAACAGAUACCUUUUUCCAGAAAAACAACCAUUUUGGCCUUAGUAAAGAAAAUGUCAUAUUGUUUGAGCAGAGUUUGCUCCCCUGUUUUGACUUCAGUGGCAAAAUUAUUUUAGAAUCUCAAUCUAAGGUGGCACUGGCUCCAGGUACGGGUUGACUGUGACUGCUGAUUGUUGUGAUCCUUAAUAUAUGAGAGCCAAUAUCAAAUAGUUCUCAUUGAUAUUAAAUGGGAGUUAUUAUAAAAAAAUAUAAAAUAUUUAAAAAAAUUUAAUCUGUUAAUCAAAUUCAAGUAGUUAUUAUAAAAUAAUUCUGAUACAGAUACACAGGAGUAAAUAUCGAUUAGUAAUAAUUUUCUUGACCUUACAAAGCUACAAAUUUUCCAUUGAAUUAUAAAUUAUCUGGCUUUGAAUGAAUACCUAGUUAAUACAUGAGUUACCUGCAGUGUUUGGGUACAUAUGUAUGUUGUGUGCAUAUGCAUGGUGUGUACAUAUGCAUGGUGUGUACAUAUGCAUGUUGUGUACACGUGUAGGUUGUGUACAUCUGUGUGUUGUGUACAUAUGUAGGUUGUGUACAUAUGUGUGUUGUGUACAUAUGUAACAAGUUGUUCUUUUAUUGUCAGCUGGCAAUGGAGGCUUGUACCAAGCCCUUAGAAAUAAUGGUGUCCUUGAUGACCUUACGUUACGAGGAGUGAAAUAUGUUCAUGUCUACUGUGUGGACAACAUAUUGGUUAAAAUGGCCGACCCCGUGUUCAUUGGUUUCUGCCUGAGCAAAGAUGUGGAGUGUGGGGCAAAGGUCAGUGUCUAGAGAAUAGAAGCUAUUAUGAAAAGCUAAGUUGAUUGUAUCGAGAACAAUUGGAUCAUAACAGAUAGAGUGAAACUUGGAUUAGAAGAGUUUUUGCUUUUUUCACCUAUUCCUACUGUAACAUAGAAACUUAACCUUCAUGAUUGUGGCAAUAUUUAGCAAUUAUGACAAUGACCAGUUUUUUCUCCAUCUCCUAUCUUAAAUUAUAUUUGUUCUUUAACAGUUAAAGUCUACUGCCAAUUCUUGCAAUAUUUUAAAUAAUUCUUAUUUGAUUGCAAAAAAUAACACUUGAAGUGAGUCAGCCGAAAAUUGCUAAGUUUUUUUUUUUAAAAUGUAGGAAAAUCUUCUUUAUUUCUGUAACUAAUGAUGAACAUCUGUUCAUAUCGUCUCAGAUUUUGUCUGCUAGUAGUAACCUUAUCUGAAGCUUCUUAUGUCCCUUGAUGUUUCUCCACUUUUUGUGAACAGGUUGUGGAAAAGACCAUGCCUAAGGAAGCUGUGGGUGUUGUGUGUAAGGUCAAUGGCAAGUACCAGGUCGUGGAGUACAGUGAGAUCACAUUAAAAACUGCAGAGAAGAGGACAGCAGACGGACGACUUUUGUUCAAUGCUGGAAAUAUAUGCAACCAUUUCUUUAAAGUUGACUUCCUCAAACACGUGUGCCUGUAAGUGUGUGUGUUUUUGAUAAGCUGUAGUAAUUAAUUUUACAGCUUUGAAAACUAUGCAAGGCUUUGUAGUUGGUACAUAAAUUGUUUGAACUUGUUACCACUCCAGUGAAGUUAAUUCUGUAUGUCAGAAUCCAGGUCAACUUUAAUGUUUCAGAAAGAAGAGAAAAUAAUCAGCCCAGACUAAUGACACAAUAAUCUAUUUAAAUGAUCAUGUACUGAUUUAGCUUUAAAUAACUUUCACACGUUUUAAACUGGGGGAUGGAUUCUAAAGUUAUAAGCCCUGGAAAAAGUAAACGUUGCAUAUUUCCAUUACAUUAUUUUCAAAAUAUGGACAUGUUGAUUGAGAGCUUUCAUACACAAAUGAAAAUCUUCAACUUGUAUUCCUGGCCAGGAAAGAGAAUGAGUCCCAGCUGAAACAUCACGUGGCCAAAAAGAAGAUCCCUUAUGUUGAUUCCGACGGGCAACUUCAGAAACCAGAUUCACCAAACGGCAUAAAGAUGGAGAAAUUUGUUUUUGAUGUCUUCCAUUUUGCACAGUGAGUUAACAUUCUCAUAAGACAGCUGGUAAUUGCUCACUACCUUCAGUUCACAGAAGUUAUCAUUUGAACUUCAACAACAAAAAAAUUGUAAAAAUUAUCUAUAUAUAUAGAUCUCUUACCAAAAAAAACUAAAACAUUAUAAUAUGUUCUCUGACAUCUGAUAGAUUCUAAAAUUAUUUGUAUAAGUCAUGAAGGUUUUUUGACAACAUUUGUCCUAUAUCAGCAAUGUUAGACAGUUCUUUCACAAUAACAGCUUCACUUCUAAUGUGUAUGUAUCAUAACAAAUGGUGCUCACAAGAAGUGUUAUCAUGUUAGAAAGUGCAUGUGGGCUUUGCAUGGGUUUAAUGAAAAGUUGCAUUGGUAGAAUGACAAUGACAUUUCUACAAAAUAAGAUGCAAAGUCAAUGUUACAGUUCCAAUUAAUCCACAGAAAAAAAUAAAAGCAAAACUUUCAAUUAAUACAACAUAGGCAAACAAAACAAACUUUUUUCUGGCCUUUAAUCAGUAGACUUAAAGUAAAAUGAGUUCUUAAGUAAAAAAAAAUAUUUUCCUUUAAAUUUGUAUACAAAUUGAAGACUGAAAUUAUUCUGUUAUUUCCUAAAUGACAACAAGAGUCAGCAGUGAAAAAUAGCUUUGCACCACUAACAUUAGUAUGAUGUUGCAUUUUCUAUGAAAUUGAUUUAUUACAAGCUGUAGUUUAUUAUACAAUAAUUUUGUGGGAUUGGUCUGUUGAUUGUGCUUUAUUUUAUAUAAUUUUAACUAAUGUUAUUUGAAUUAACACUUGUUAUAUAAAUUCGUGUUUUAAGUUGUUUGAGUUGAAUUAUUUUUCAAGUCACUUUUGCUUUUUACUAAAUUUUUAGUUAACAAUGCACAUAACUUUGCAGAAGUCAUUUGCAACAUGUUUGACCUUCCUUUCAGAAACAUUGGCAUUUUACAAAUACAUCAUAUUGUAUAUAAUUUGUGUUGGAAUUAUAACUUUAGCAUAAUAAUAUGUUUUUGGAAACUUGUUCAAAAAUAUAUACAUAUAUGUAUUUCAAGAUCAUUUCUCAAUAUAUAUAUAUAUAUUUGUAAAGGCUUCCUAAAACAUUUGCUUAAAUUGUAAUGUAAUAUAUUUAAUCGUCAGCUUUACAUUUAAGGCCUACUGACAAGUGUAUAUAAUUUUUAAUGGCGCAAUUGGAAUUAACAGGGCUUUUUUUCUCUCUCUCUCUCUCUUCUUUUUUGUUCUUUGUUUGUUUGUUGGUGUGUGGUACAUCUUGCAUGGGUCUAAUUAUUCUGCACUAAUCUGCCUGUUUACAAUUACACAUUUUGGCUCUCUAUGCUUCUGCUUGCAAUCCCUUUGCAUAUUUAUUUAUAUACAAAUAUUAAACUGUUAAUACCCGGUAUGCAUAUAAAUAUAAAACAUCAUUAUUAAUUCAUUAUUUAAAUCAUGUCAACUUAUGACUAUUUUAUUUUUUCAAUGAAAUUACAAACCAUAAAAAAAUCUUUUUUUUUUUGUAAAAUCAAAUCCCUUGCAUUGACCUUUCAACUCUAACCUGAAACAAAAUUACUUUCCAUGAUUUGUUCCUUUUUUAUGAAUAUAAAAAAAUCUGUCACACUCGCCACCUGACUCACACCCUCUGUCACUUUCACCAUCCUGCACCAUCCAUUGCCCUCUGUUACCCACCCACCUCUGUGCUUGGUUUUGUCCGUGUCUCUGUGUUUUAAAAUGUGCUAGGAACUUUGCUGUCUGGGAGGUGCUUCGUGAGGAUGAGUUCUCCCCCUUGAAGAACGCUGACGGCCAGCCCAAAGACACCCCAACAACCUGCCGGAAUGAUCUGAUGAGUUUACAUCAUCGCUUUGUGCUAGCGGCCGGUGGAAGAUUUGUUCAUUCUGAUGGCACACCGUACACAGAUAUACAGAGGUGAGUUAGGCAAAUUUUUUAAUUGGUUGAUUUGAUUUCACAAAUUGUUGUUCCUGAGUUACCAAUUGUUUCUGUUGCUUUUUAGUCUUUUUUAUUUAUAAAAUAGGAAAUAAUAGUAAAGAAAAAAAAUAUUUUAGGAUUGCAUUUGAUAUAUAUUUUCUUCUUUUUUUUUUUUAUAGAAACAGUUGGAUUUCAAUCAAAUAAAUCUUGUAAUUAUUGAGUUCAAAGUAAACUGACAAAACAAUAUUUUUUUAAAAUAAAAGUAUAAGAUUUGAAUUCUGAAACAAUUUUUUUAAAAAUUCAUUCCAAUGAAGCUAAAUGGAUAAAUUAUGUCAUCAUCUAUAAAGGUCAAUACUAAACUCACUUAGAGCGGCUGGUAAUUUUGGAAAAGUAUAGAAAUAUGUUCAAGAGGUCAAAUGAUCAUUAAUGUAAAAGUAAGCCAAGCCUUUUGAAGCAUUACAAAACUCUUUUUGUUUCAUAUGAUUGUACAUUUCCUUAAAAAAACAGCGGUAAUCAAACUUUUUAGCUAGUGAACCCCUUGAAUUAUUAUAAAUAGUUUGAAAAGUGUGAUUGAGGGUGGACAUAUUCAAGAUUGAAUACCACUGAGCUACGGCUCCAAGAAACAUAGCAACAAAAUAUUUAACAAUAUUCUGUAACCUCUCUCAUGCUUUUAACUCUUAACUCUUAAUUCUAAGAGUGAACUAUUUGUGAACUUUUAGCUGACACCUUAUCCUUAUUAUGUGUACUGCAUGAAAUGUUCACAUAUGCUUCAUCCACUUAUCCCAUGGACAACUUCCUUUGAAUAAAUAAAUGUGUUAAUAGUUAUCAGUUUAUAAAAUGUGACUAAGGUAAUAUAUACAUACAAAACUUCAGAAUUAAUUGAGUUAAUUAUACAAACAUAAAUUCUGAAUUGAUUAUGCUAAUAUAUACAUACAUCAGAAUUGAUUGAGUUAAUUAUACAUACACAACUUCAGAAUUGAUUAAGCUAAUAUGUACAUACAUAACUUCAGUAUGAUUAAGAUUAAAAGAAUUACAUCAAAUUAAGUUUGCUGUGGGAACAUAUUAAACCCAUUAAUUAACAUUGUUCAUGUGAGCUCAGUAAAAUAACAAGGUCUCAAAAUGUUCUUUAAAUAACAUCGUGUUAAAUUUUUCUGAAAGGAAAAUUAUUUUCAUUUAAUAUAUACUAAAACAAUCCUAUGUUAAAUAAUCAAUGUUGUGUUGAAAUUUUUGUUAAAAUGACUCAUUGCUGCAUGUGCAUGAAAUGUUGUAUGUUUUGUUGUUUGAAUCUCCAGAAAUAAUAACAAUGACGAGAAUGGUAGCAAUGGGUAAGUAAACCAUUUCUCAAUCUUGUCAGUCACAAAAUAACACAGUGAGAUAAGGAAAAUAAAAGCUAUCAAACCUUGAUUAAAGGAAACUGCCUAUGGUCAUAAAAGCUUUCUUUAUACACAAAUUACUUAGAGCAGCAGUUUUUUUGCCUGUGGUUUGUAGACCUUUGGUGGUGAGUGAUUUUAUUAUUGGGGGUCAACAAAAAUAGAUAGAAGCAUUUAAAUCACAGGGAGGAAAAUGAAUGCCUAUGAUUAUUGAAUUGGUUUCCCCCCAAAAUUUACAUGAAUAGGAUGUUCUUAAAUUGUUAAAUUUCAAGAACCAGUGCCUUGAAAAUAUUUGUUCUCACUGUCUAUGUGGACUGUGUGCUUUCUUAUGUCCUUAAUAUUGUCAGUUCACAAUAUUUACUUUUUCAUCUCUCUCUCUUUGCACAUAAAGUUUUCUGAUUUAUGAAAUUUUAAAAUUCAAUAAUUUCAUUUCCAUAAAUAUAGAAACUAAUAUGAGAGAUAUCAUGAUAGUUGAAAUUUAAAAAAUUUUAUAAGCAUAUUAUGAUUUAACCAAAUAAGAUCAUAUUUCUUUUUUGAUUAAAAAAAUUGAAAUAAGUUAUGAUUAAUAUUGUACUUAUUCAUUUUCAUCAUAAUUAAGAGGAUAAAAACAAUCUGUUAAACUUAAUUCUAAAAUAGGACUAUUUUAACGUAAUAACAAUUUUAAAGUAAUCUUUCAAACACACAAACUAAAUCAAUCUCCAUAAUGCUUGUAUAAGUGAAAUUAAAUCAUUAUCCAUUGUGAUUUGAAAUUAAUUAUUUUAUUGGUCUCCAGUCAACAAAGUCAAGAUGAAGAAGAUACAAUCAUUGUAGAAGUGUCUCCACUUGUAUCCUACUUUGGAGAGGUUUGUCAAUUUCUUAAACUUAGAUUUUACUGUAACUCUUGACUCACUGAUGUAAAUACAAGUUAUUAUAAACUAUUUUUUAUAGUGGUUGUUUGUUUUUUUCAAAAUCUAAUCAUUUCAAUAUGAUUAUUUAAAAGUACUUUGCAUGGUUUGCAUAAAAAUGUAUACGUUUAUCCUAAAUGCUACUUAACAAAUUAUACUAUCAAGACUAAAAUGAAUUAUUACCCCAAAAAGAAUUAUAUUAAUUCAAUAAUUUUUUAUCUACCUUUUUGUCUUCUCUGCUGCUGCUAAAAAAUGUGUUUACAUUAUUUAUGCACAUUCUAGUUUGCAGAUAAAAUGGUAGAGUUGUUUUAACAUCUGUUUUCAUUUUCUCUUUUUGUAAAGGAUUUGGAAACUAUUGCAAAAGACAAAUGUUUCAAACCACCUGUUCUCAUUGAACUUGGGCCAGAUAACUCAGCAGUCAUUAAAGAAGGCAGCAGCUAAUGUGUCCAUUGGCUAACUCUUAAUGCUGGAAAACUAUGCAACCAAUCAUAUUUCAUCAUUAUUUUUAUUUCACCAUGUACCUGUACAAUAACAAAAUAUAUUUAUUUAUUGCUCUUCCUAAAUAAUGUACAUUAGUAAAAACUAAUUUAAUUAUAGAUUGAGCAUCAAAGUGUUUUUAAAAAUUAUAAAACAGAAAUUACUCAGCAACAUUUUUUAAACAAAUUGCAACCACCGCAUGUUGAGAGACUAAAUUAAUUUGUAUUAAUGUAUGACAUUGUAAGGGAAGUUAUAUUUUUUUAUAACCCUGAGAACUAAUCAACCAGAAUGUCAACAUAUUGAGUCUGGUUUAUUCAUUGAUUGUUCUCAAGAAAAUAACACCAAACAUUUGUUUUUAUGAAAUAAAGCAAGUAAUCAUGUCUAAAUGUUUAUAUACUUUUAUUUGAACCCUGUGUUGACAAGCAUUCACGUGAACAAUUCUACAAUUUAUGUUUUUUUCCAAUUUUUAAUACAACAUACUUUAGAUAAUUACUGACAAUGUUGCUCACAAUUUUUAUAAUCUUCAAUCAUGUGUCCCAUAUUUAAAGAAUUGUUAAUUGGGUAGAGGGAAUACUUUAAGACAUUUCAUGUCAGGAAAAAUAUGACAGCGUUUGUGUUGUGUUUUCUAACAACAUGUCACUCAAGCCAAUUUACAUGACAUGUUUUUAUGUUUAUUGAUUAUCUUUUGAAUGCCAGGGAAGACCUGCUAAAAGUCGUGGAACAAUUUUAACAAUUUAUGGUAGAUUGUGUUACUCAUCAUUAUUUAGUUUCAGUGUGUUUAUCCUCCAAACAGUGGAAGGUGCCAAGGUUCAUUUUUUAUUUUUACUUUUGAUAGAUUGGAAAGUAUUUACAUAAUUGAAUUAAUGUUACAGAAUCUUCAAUUGUUUAAUUAACCAGCAUGCAGAUUAUUCUAAUUACAUUUAUGUUAAACUGAACACUGUUUUGGUUGUUUUGUUGAAAUUUGAAGGAUCUAUGUGCUUGUUGAUUUAGAGAAUUUUCUUGUUAUGUAGACAGCUAAGCUACAGAUACAUUUUUUGUUCAUUUGUUGAAUUACUUCAAGUUAAUUCUUUAAAUCUUCUGCCACCUCAUGUAAUCAACUUAGUACAGAAUAAUCUGCUUCUUAAAUGGUAAUAGUGGUGUAUGGUUAUUUAUUGGUCAUUUUAACUUAGUCUACUUUUUUUUUUUUUUCAAGUCAUGCAAACUAUUGGAUAUCGUUUAUCAAUUUUCUUUCUGAAGGGCCAGUUUUAUUUUUGAUUAUAAUUGGUCACUUUGCUGUAUUGUCAUUUUACUAUUUUUACAUUAUAUGAGUAGAGUUUCUAAAAAUCCACACCAGAUAUGUUUUCUAAAAUAUUUAUUGAAAAUUUUUUUCUAAUUUUGUUACUGCUGAUUGCGAGUUCCAAAAAUAAUCAGCAUUUGUUCUCCUCCACUUAGUGUCAUAAAAUGUAUUUGUAUUUGUGGUUGUAUGCUUGUGCCAGAAUUGAUUUAAUACAUCUGCCUUUCUGGCAUGUUGCAUUACCUCUGGCUGGACCAUCAAGUGAAUUGGUACAACUUAAUCAGAUUUAGGCUUUACAUCGCUUUAAAAAGCUUGCCCCAUACACACGUUGCUCAGUUUUAAUAUGUUAAAAUGUUUUUGGCAUGCAUAUAUCCACUAUCCAUUUUGAUGUAAAACGAUUUGUUGAAAUUAAUUUAAAAUCUUGAAUAUUUAUUCACAUCUUAACAAAAGAAACUGACAAAAUCAGUAUUUGGAUCAAACCCUCUUAAAACUGCCCAACUGAUCAUGACCUGAGAAAUUUGAAAUCAGGAUUUAUUCUUCACAUAAUAACAUAAUAACUAGGAAUAUAUGAAUCAUUCAUAUAAAUGAGGAUAACAGCUUGAGUACCUUUGGUACAGUGCAAUGAUGAGAACCAUUGGUGGAGAGCUAUUUUUAGUACCCUUGGUGGAGUUUUAGUUUUGGGAUCAUUAAAUGUAUUUUCGUAACAUCUAUUUACCUUGAGUUAUUUACCAGAGCUGGGGACCAACCAAUCCAAGUGUUUACAACUACAAUUGUUAUACAAGCAAACAGUCUGUCUGCCUUUGAAUAUUAACCCUGUAAUGACCAGCAUCUGGUCACCAAUUGUAAAUCAAAUUGUUGUUUGAUUAACAAGUGGACAUUUUUUUUUUUUAUUGUAAAUAAUUAUAACGCUAUCCAUUAAAAACUUAACCAUUUUAUUGGAAGGAAGUUAUUAUGUUUCAGGUAUCUUAACUUCUUGAUUAUCAUUUCAACAGGUUGGGAAUGGAGCUAGUAAAUGAUGAGUGAAUGAUGUAUUUCUUUGAGCCUAUGACAUUUAAUAAAAUAAAUUUCGAUUCAGAUGGAAAAUAUUAUUUUUUUUAAACACAUUAAAUUUGAGUAAACUGACAGUGUUAUAAAGAAUAGACCACUACUUCUGUUUUUAUAUAAUUUGUGGCAUCAAAUUUCAAAUACAUUUGGCACAGUAAUUAAUAAUAUAUGAUAAACUGUACUAGAAUUAUUUGACACAAAUUGGAGUCGUGCCUUUCAUAAUGCUUGUUAACAGAAAGAACCAUUUGGAAAAGUACCAAAAAAUUGCAAACUCCUUAAGAGUUUUAUUAUGUCUCCCCUUUCAAGCUCAAGACUUUGGGGCACAUGAUUGUGUUACACAUCAAUUUUUGUGUGCUACUAACCUACCAUUUCUCUCUUUCCCUAAGGUAUUUCUCCAAUAAUGGUAAAAUGGUCAUUGUCAUUGUUAAAAUUUGUGAGAUUAAAUCAUUUUUUAAAUGUACUUUUUUUGAUGGGACAUUUAUGUAGUGGGAUUUAUUUUUAAAUGCAUUUUGAUCAGUAUACUUUUUAGAACACAUUUCAUUCUGAAUAAAAAGUUAUUAAAAUAACUUAAAAGAAUCAGGGCAGUCAUUAAAAUGUAAUGACAGAAAUUAAUAAAAAAAAAUUACAACAUUCA